AUGAUUACGGAAGGUACGCAAAAUCCUCACGGGAAAUCUCUAGCAAAACCACUCGGGUCUAUGACGCCGUCCACAUUGAACCGUACUGGGUUCCCUCAGAACUCUAAGAAGAGGGCAUUCUAUUCGCCUUCUUCCAGCGCGUCAUCCACACCAAGGUGCCAUCAUACACCGAACAAACCUUACUGCGGACUGUCCGCUGACACUGAAAUUACAGGGGAUUUGCUUGAAGACGCAGCCUCAAGUUCACCUUUUGCUCCAAGCAAUCAGACUGCCCCAUUCGACCAUCGCAACAGCCGGUACAGAGCUACUUUGAAAAGAAGUUUCGGCUUCUUAAACUUGUCUUUGGAGACUAGUCCCACUGUUAGACCCACCAUCAAGAGACUACCACACACCGUUGGCAAAUCUCUGGAUGAGGAAUUUUCAGAAGAUGCGUAUUCCACAAGCGUACCAACUCAUGGCACUGGUUCCUUCAUAAAACCUCCCAAAAAGAAGUCAUCGAAGACUUCCGUCGCCACAUCUUCUCACUUUAUCAAUCCAAACAAGGCCAAAUCUAUGAAGAAGAUGUCUUCCAACAGUACAAAUUUCAGCUGGAAGAGGCUGUUCAAUAGUGCUGUCGGAGACGAUCGUACAAAUUUUGACAAUGAUCGUCACAAGCAGUCGAAGAGCGAAGAACAUUACGACAAGUUUCAUCCGUUCAAUCCUACGCCCGAUGCUCCGUUUUUAAGCCCACAGAGUAUUCCUAAUUCAAGCUUCAACAAAGAAUCGCAAGAUUUUCCUUCUAAACAAACUAGUAUCGCCCGCAAACUAGAUCGCCAGACUGGCCCAUUGGACAGAACGCCUUUUACAAAUCCGGCUGACGCCUUCAUAACCCCAGCUUCCUUCAAUUGUGUUAAACCUCUUCAAACCGCAUUCACAUCUACAGGCUUACAGAGUAAAAAAACACUGACUGCCUCUCGCAGUAAGACUAUGCCCGAGACUCCCUGCAAGAGACCACCACAUACAAUCGUGGAUGUCAACGGCUCUUUUGCAGGUAUGAACACUUCCUUUAAUAGCACGCUAACAGGAGUUAAUGUUAAUGUGGACAGUAAUACAACCGGUAUUGGAUUUACUCCUAAUUCGGUAAAGCCUCUGAGGCUUCAUUCCAGUGGAGGAUCCUCUUCUAGUGGAGGUUCUAGAACGGCGACACGUCCCGAACGUGCUGUGAAUACAACCGACUUGCAGAGUUGUAUUUUAAGGUUCACCAACGAAUUCGAUGACCUUUAUAGCGAUGGCAAUAAUAGCAGUACUAGUAUAUUUACUGAAGGUGAGCAACAUGGCCAGGGGAGUCUGGAGCAGCAGCCCAUCAGUAAUGAGGUUCUCAUGGAAUCUUCUCCUGUUCAAAACGAGGACGUUCGAAUGGACGAAGACAUCGACUUGGAUAAGAUUGAUGAAAUACAGUUUGAAGGCUUUGGUUCUAACUUUGGAUCAUACGAUAACCUUCCUCCCACGCCAACCAGACUCGGAAACAGCUCUGGCCAUCAAGAGCAACAGAAAUCACAGGAGCCACAGGAACAAAUGAAAUUUCAACCUCCUCAGUUUCCUAGAGGCAUGCUUACGCCAACAAAAUCUCAUUCUAGCUACUGGCGGAGGGCCAGUAGUUCAGAAAAUACAAUGGCACUGCCAAACAUGCAACCUGAUUUAGCGCUCUCUCGGAAGCCUUCGUUUAGAAGACAUCCUUCUAGUUGUAUGCCGUCGACUCUUUCACUUCCUCCGACUACACCUAUUCUAUCUGAAACGGCCCCUCGAACUCCUGUCGAAUGUGCAAUGAAUUUGUCACAGCAAUCGGCAGCGUACAACCCCAAAUCGUUGACAGCUACCAUGGUAUUCAACGAGACUAACAAGGAUAACGAGGAUCCAUGUAUUCGUUCAAGAUUUGGCAAUUGCAAACUGGUGGGUUCAGGCGAAUUCUCUGUCGUGUAUGAGACACAGUAUGAGAAUUUCAAAUAUGCUGUGAAGCGAACUAAAAGACCAAUUGCAGGACCAAAGACGAGGAUGCGUAAACUUGAGGAAGUGGAAAUUCUCAGGACGCUACAUAAGCCUGAAAGAUCUGGCAGAACAUCAAGAGGAGAAGAUGACUCAGAGAACACGGAUGAAGGUAAGGAGUAUGUGUUGAGCCUAGUGGAUUACUGGGAGUAUAAUUCGUACUUAUACAUUCUGACUGAAUUCUGUGAAAACGGCUCCUUGGAGAGGUUUCUCGCUGAGAGUGGCAAAAUAUCGAGACUUGAUGAGUGGAGGGUUUGGAAAAUAAUGGUUGAAAUGCUGUUGGGAGUACAAUACAUUCACAAAUGUGGCAUUCUUCAUUUAGAUUUGAAACCUGCAAACAUUCUCAUUACUUUCGAAGGCUCAUUAAAGAUUGGGGAUUUCGGUGUCGCGUCUCAACUUCCAAUUCCACCGUUCUUUGACCGGGAAGGUGAUCGCGAGUACAUUGCACCUGAGGUGAUUUCGAGACACGUCUACGGCAAGGCAGCGGACAUUUUCAGCUGCGGAUUGAUUAUGGUAGAAAUUGCUGCCAACAUCAUUCUUCCAGAUAACGGCACCUCAUGGCAAAAACUACGAUCAGGAGACUUGACCGAUGCUGGCAAACUUUCUUCGAGUGAUCUCACAGAUUUAGAGGGUUCCGUUUUCUCGUCUACUACAAACACUUACUCGUCGAAUUUGACCUCUGAUCCUGGGCAAUUGCAAAAUACCUCGACUUCUACAACUACUAGUGCCACCAGUGCUACCAGCACUUCUGAGAGUAAGUCCCGAGUUUUCCUCACGGGAAACCGAGGAUCCGUGAAUAACAAUGGAAUCGCAUCCAAUGAAUCGUCCAGCUUAUGCAGGUAUCCAUCAUGGGCACCGAAGUGGUUCCUUGAUGGCUCGGCCCCCUUGGACAAAGUGGUCGCCUGGAUGAUUGACCCUAAUCCAGGUAAUAGGCCGUCAGCAUCGCAAGUGUUAAAAAGUUACGAAUGUUCGGUCGUUGAUUUGAGAAGGAAGAGUGGAGCCACCAUAUACGAAGGGGAUUAUGGUCCACAAAUUAUGGCAGAAGACAGUGAAAUAUUGGCCGCUGAAGAAGUUCUUCAGAAUACCCGCUAUAAACUUAGCAAAAUGACAUAG